UGGCGAGAAGUGGACCCUUCCCAGCGCCUGUGUGCCUUUUUUGGCUUGGCCAUGACCGUUUUUGGUCUUUGCCCUCUCUUCAUCGCAAGCGCCAUGGCAGUGGAAAGGGCCCUGGCUAUCCAGGCCCCCCAUUGGUACACCGGCCACAUGAAGACCAGGUUGACCAGGACUGUUCUACUUUGUGUGUGGCUGACGAGCUUUGCCUUUGCUCUCUUGCCCAUCAUGGGCAUUGGGAAGUAUACGCUUCAGUGGCCGGGCACCUGGUGCUUCAUCAGUAUGAAGGAGCACGCAAAUCCCUUGGUGGGCAAUGCUGUUUUUGCUUCUACAUUUGCUUUCUUGGGUCUCUUUUCCCUCGCUGUCACUGUGGCAUGCAACAUGGCGACCAUAACUGCACUGGUGUGUCGCUGCUGGUCCAAGAGCUCAACAUCCCGAUCAAGGAAGCAGUGGGGCAGGAUUACCAUGGAAACUUUUAUCCAGUUGCUGGGAAUCAUGUGCGUCCUCCUUGCUUGUUGGUCCCCACUUUUGGUGACAAUAUUGAAAGUGACUUUUAACCCCAAUCCUAUGAAUCAAUGCAGAGAAUCCUGUAACCAAACCCAAAGUGCAGAACAGCAGCCAGAAUGCAAUUUCUCCUUAACCCAUAUCCGCUUGGCUUCACUGAAUCAGAUCCUGGACCCCUGGGUUUACUUGUUACUUAGGAAGAUCUUCGUGCAGAAGUUUUGUCAGGUGGCCCGCGCCAUUUCAUGCCACCCUCAGGACAAAUGGAAAGGGCAACAUAUCAUUUUAUCCAACAAAAUCAGACGGACAACAGUUUGAAACAACUUUAUGUCAGUACUUUCUUUUAGCUCAAGUGUUUUCCUUACUGUGAAUCUGGACAUCCAGCACAUGUCCAUUUGUGUCUGUAAAUUAACUGUGAGGAAGU